CUCACUCCGAUAGAGAGAAGCAGCAGCCAGGCUAGCAAACGAUCAAAGCGGAGCUCGCUCUCGAUCCAUGGCGUUCAUGCGGUACCGUGGGCUGCCGCAGGGGGAGGUGACGGCGGAGGAGUUCUGGGCGUGGCUGGGGCAGUUCGAUGCGGACCACGACGGCCGGAUCAGCCGGGAGGAGCUGCAGCGCGCGCUGCGGAGCCUCAACCUGUGGUUCGCGUCCUGGAAGGCGCGGGGAGGGGUGCGCGCCGCGGACGCCAACCGCGACGGCGCCGUUGGCGGGGAGGAGGCCGGCAGGCUCUUCGCCUACGCGCAGAAGCAGCUCGGCGGCAAGAUCACCCAGCUCGGCUCCUACUGACCGACCAGACUUGGCUUUCAGCUGUACGUACCUGUGAAUGUGUGCGGAUGUAUUUGGAUCUGUCUCUGACUGGAUGCGUGGGGCAUGGAUGUACGUUUUGUGUUUCUCGAAUUCGUGUGCCAACUUUCUCCAAGUUUCAGGGUGUUUGCAUUUGUAUGUUCAACACUGAUGGUGAAUUCGGUGAGGAUUUU